AUGCACUUGACUAGCUUUUUCACUCUCUUUGCCGCGGCCACCAUUCUUGGAGCGCCCACUGAGCCCAUUGAGCCUACCGGCAUUACUUCCUUGGCCGCCGAUGUUCUUGACCAAGGCGACGGCUUCUAUCUGGCCUCAUACAACGAGGCUGGUGUCCUCGAUGUCGCUUUUACGCCAAUUGCCAAAUUGGAGACGACCUCUCCAGCUGCACAGCUUACCACGAGGGCCACGCACACGUUGGGCAAGCGGGAGACUGUUUGCAGUGGGCGCUCUUCGGUCGCUUUGGGGACCUUAGACGACGCCAACAGGCAACUCGCAAGCAAUGCGGCUGCUCAGGGCAACUAUGGCAAGAGUUCAUGGGGCUGGGUCCAUCGCGACGCCGAGACUUCAUACUUCUGCAACUACCAGGCAAACUUCUUGACCUACCAGCUCAUUAUCGAUAUGCACACUGUCAUCAGUGGACGCUGUACACAAGCUGGCUAUGGCUAUGACCGCAGAACGAACGGUGGCGGCGCCCAAGACCUCUCUGUUGGUCGCACUUGGCGCGGCGACAACUUCUGUGAUGGAAACUACCACGGCUAA